GCAUUCUGCACAUUACGAUUUAAAUUACAGCGACGAAGGUCAUAGCAAAGAUAGUCUUUAGAUAUAAACAGUGUCGCUUCACACUAUUUUUGGUCCAACGCCGGCGACAAGCAUGAAGAUUCUGUUACUUUUUGUUCUGACGGCUCUUUGUGGUGUCGCAGAGGCAACAACGUUUUACCUCUAUUCUUGUCCGUUAUCUUCGUCAGCAUCAUCAUUAUCCUCAAGUGGUAAUAAAGACUGUUCAAGCAGUAAGCGGGAUAUAGACCACGGAUUUGUCCACACAUACCUACAGAUAGGAUCAACAUGUUAUGAUUGGGGAAACUGGAAUUAUCCUAGACAUUUACCAUGCGACGACCAAGGUCUUGCUUGCUGUGUCCAGACAAAAAGCUUUAUAAAUUCUAGAACUACGUCUUGUGCAGACAGAGUCGGAGAGUUUGAGGUGGCUUGGACAAACAAGGGUAUACGGUAUGAUUUUCUGGCUUGGAACUGUCAGCGCUUCACCAACAUGUUGUUUAAAUUCCUUGCGUCAUGCUAUCCGGAUGCUUCCACUGUUAUAGGAUGACGAAUUUUAUACAUCACAGAGAUGCAGAAUGAUUGCAUUGUAAAAUAGAAUAAAAGUGCAGAAAUA